AUGCUGGACGUGCAGCGUAGUCACAAAAUUAUUCCAUGCGGUUUGCUAACUAGAGUCUGCUUCAGACAUGCCGGCGACCACGACGAUAUCAAGGACCAGGAUCCGACGCCGCGUGGUAGCGAUCAGCCUUGGAGGUUCACUCCAUCUCUGCUUGACCCCAACAGCUUCGCAUUCACUUCUUUUGCGAACCAACCUCCUGGCUAUUACACGCCGACGCCGGGCGGCACCAACACGCUCUAUCACAGCCAGGCGGGAGAUCUGCACACUCCCGGCUUCAGCUUCGGCCUAGGAACACCACUUUCGCUACCCACCUCGGAAGGAGGGGUUCACGCUGGCCAGACUGCGCCAACACCACACCUUCAUGGCUUCAACCCUCACGCUAUCGCAGCCCAGCACCAGUUCCAAAAUAUCAAUCCUUUUGGCCUCCAACCCCAGCAUGCCCAGGCCUUCGCACCGCACCAGUUUACUCACGCGCCGUCCGCUUUCGAUCAUGGCUCCUUGGCGCAAACCCAUCACGAAGACUCUCCCAUGGACAACAUGGUUACAGAUAUCGAGAUGCAGGAGCAGUCGCCCUUGAUCGGCUUCGCCGGUCAUUCUUAUCAAGAUAACCUUGCCGCUGCAGUCCAAGCGCCUCCCCUUUCGUCAAACCAAAACUUCCGGUAUCACGUUACCCUGAACGCGCCUACUGCAAUGAUUAAGUCGUCCGACGAAGUGCCAGUCACCUAUCUCAACAAAGGACAAGCUUAUUCCAUCUCGUUGGUGGACACGGCACCUGUGCAGACGUCUUCCGGCCCUUCUGAAAUACAGGAAGCUUUUAUUCGCAUUUUCUUUCGAGGACGAGCAAACAGCGUCAACCGACUGACGCUGUUGCAACUCUGGAAGGAGGGUCGCGGACGACGAGCCCAUCAACGCCGGUGGCCGCUACAGGCUGUUGAGUUUGUAGACCCCAGCCAAGUUGGCGGCGGCGAAGUGCAGGGCCGGCCUCGUGUCGAGAUUGAGUCAUCUUCAUUUGACGGCUUCGUCGUUACAUGGACACCUGUUCAGAACACUUCCCCCGAAUGUUCAUUGGCGGUUCGAUUCAACUUCUUGUCUACCGACUUCAGCCACUCGAAAGGCGUGAAGGGCAUUCCUGUCCGCCUUUGCGCGAAGACAGAGCUCAUAUCGGAAGUUGCCGGAUCACCACAAGGAAGCCUGGAUGCCGAACUCUGCUUCUGCAAAGUUAAACUCUUCCGAGACCAUGGAGCCGAGCGAAAAUUAUCCAACGAUGUUGCUCACGUAAAGAAGACGAUAGACAAGUUGAAGCAGCAAAUCUGCGCAGAGUGUGAGUCUGGAAUGAAGGACUUCGGAAAGCGCAAACGCAGCAGCUCGAUAUCCAAAGGCAGCGCCAGUACACGACCCGGCAAGGUACCAAAGCACAAGAGGACAUGGUCAAUGUCUUCAGCUAGCUCAAACUCCGGACAGCGCGCUCCGGCUGAAGAGGACUUGCACAUCAAAUUAGCCUCUCUACAAGACAUGUUCAGCUCGACCAGGCCUGUAAGCGUAUUGUACUUGCAAGGCGACGAGCAGGAUGACCCCGACCUUCAUCCUGUUCAGCUGGUGUCCAGUCCUCAAGAGUUGACCAAACUCGAUACCGCUGUCGAGGCACAGAUGUGGGAAGGACAAAGCACACACACGGGCGCGUCAUCGAUCGUGUCACCAACCCCGAGCUCACAAUCGAUUCCCUCUGAUAAGCGACGAGGGUCUACCUUUCAGCGCCCUAAGCCCUUCCAGCCUCCCUCGCGAAUGUCAUCGAAUGAGUGGAGAAAUCUCCCGCAGACAGCUACGGGAGACCUCAAGGGUAUGCCAGUCACUCUGCAUGGAGGCGCCGACGUACCUACCAAGGUCCAGAGACCAUACGCGGAUGACCACGCACUUUCAGGCUGGAUUGAAGCACUGGGCGUUGACCAGACCUAUCAGCCCCCACCCGAGCCUAUGCUAAAACCAGGACGGCAGCCUGAUGACAACUACUUCCGUGCCGUAUACCUUAUGGAACGUACCGUAAAAGCGCUUGUCAGCGGCAUCGCAAUGAAGAUCAACAUCGAACCAACGAAGGUGACCCGCACAGUUCGUGUCAAUCAAAAGGGCCUACAGAUUUUCAUGGACGACGACGCUAUCAAUGCCAUGCCAGAGCAACAGGACAUGACCGCCGAGUUCCACGAAAUCGGCACGCCCCCGGUACAUCAACUGAAGCGAGAAUGGGAUGCUGGUCCUACGGACAUCCAAGUCGAUGGCGACAUUAGCGUUACCGAGAACGUACACUCAUCUGGCUACGAGUUACGUUUGCUUUUCUAG